AUGGACCAAAGCAGUGAAGCAUGUAUGAAAAAGAUUAACAGUGUGAAUCUUGACAAACUUAUAAAUGACUUCUCACAGAUAGAAAAGAAAAUUAUAGAAACCAAUGGAAAGAACAAUAUACUGGAUAUUCAGUUGGAAAAGACUAACUGUUUAUUAAAAGUAAUGCAAGCAAAGGAAGUCUCAAUUAAAGAAGAAUGUGCUACUCUUCAUAAUAUAAUAAAAGGUCUACAACAUACCAUUGAAUAUCAACAGAAUUUGAAAGGUGAAAAUGAACAACUAAAAAUAAGUGCUGAUCUUAUAAAAGAGAAGUUAAAGUCUCAUGAACAGGAAUAUAAGAAUAAUAUUGCCAAACUUAUAAGUGAAAUGAGAAUCAAAGAGGAGGGAUAUAAGACAGAAAUAAGCAAACUUUAUCAGGACAUGCAGAAAAAAGUUGAAUUAAAUGAAGAAAAGCACAAAGAACUAAUAGGGAAAAAGGAGAUGGAAAUUUCAGAGUUAAAUGCAAAGCUAAGAAAUCAAGAAAAAGAAAAACAAAAUGAAAUAAUCAAGCUACAACUAGAGUUUGAUGCCAAACUAGCAAGAGUUCAGACUAAAUCAAAAUCAUAUCCAGAUUCUACUGUUUUGCCACAGAGUAUCUACAGAAGGAAACUGCAACAUAUUCAAGAAGAAAAAAACAAAGAGAUUGCAAUUCUUCGUAAUACCAUUCGCGAUUUAGAGCAACGCCUUUCUGUUGGCAAAGAUUCUCACCUUAAGCGUAGACGGUUUUGAGCUUAGCAGUAAAUUCAUUAGUUGGCAUUUUACUUAAAAGCAACUGAAAAUUUCACUUUUAAUUUCAACAUAUGCAUACAGCCUACAUCACAAAAAGAGUCAGCUUUAAGGUUUUUAUUGAAUUUAUUUGGACAAAUCCAUACUGUAUCCAAUUGUGUACUGCAUUCUUGCUUAAUAGUAUUAACCAUAAAGGAGGUCAGGUUUAUAGGGUUUAGUUUACCUAUUAAACCAUCAUUGACUAUGGAAAUACUUACCAAGCAAAACAGAGACAGACAAUAUUCUUUACCUUUCCACUUAUAUCUUUCAAGACAGCCAAUCAAGUUUUAGAAGAGUGUGAUACAAUGUUAGAGAAAGAAGGAUACAAAGGCUUUAUUCAUGUGUGAUAGUAAAAGCAAGAUAUGAGUUUUCGAUAUCCAAAAAGAUAAAUGGACAUUUAAAAUAUAUAUGCUUUUUUAGCAAAAUAUUCAUGUGUUAAGUAUCUACUUCUUUCUUUAAAUUUAGUUAAAAAUGUAAGAUUGAAAAGACAAGGAUAAUAUUGUUUGAGAGAUAAGUAAAAAAAAAAAAAAUGGAAAGCAUGUCUUUGUUUUUCUUCCUCCAUUCUAAAUUGCUAAUUAUCCAACAGAAACCCCUAGGUCAUAGUUUAUGUUUCUGUUCUCAUUAAAGCAAGUAGAACAUUGGAAAAAGAAAAAAAAAAAAAA